AUGGUAUUUCGGAAACCACCAGAUGGUGGCUGGGGCUGGGUGAUUGUUGUCGUUUCCUUCUUUACUCAGUUCUUGUGUUACGGAUCACCGCUGGCCGUGGGAGUCUUGUAUUUAGAAUGGCUGGAUGCUUUUGGAGAAGGGAAAGGCAAGACUGCUUGGGUUGGAUCACUAGCAAAUGGAAUCGGAUUGCUUGCCAGUCCUGUCUGCAGUAUAUGUGUAUCAUCUUUCGGAGCAAGACCAGUAGCAAUCUUCAGUGGCUUUAUGGUGGCCGGGGGCCUCAUGAUGAGCAGUUUUGCACCUAACAUAUACUUUCUAUAUAUUUCAUAUGGGAUUGUUGUUGGGCUUGGAUGUGGUCUUUUGUAUACCGCAACAGUUACCAUCACUUGCCACUAUUUUGACAAACGCAGAGGCCUUGCACUUGGUCUGAUUUCAACAGGCUCAAGCGUUGGACUCUUUAUAUACGCAGCAUUGCAGAGAGAGCUUAUUGAUCUAUAUGGACUGGAUGGUUGUCUGCUAAUAGUUGGCGCACUGUCUCUAAAUAUAUUAGCAUGUGGUAGCCUAAUGAGACCAUUGGAGUCAUCUUAUUCCCCUCCACCAGAAAAAACAUGUGUAGACAAAGUCCCAGAUCAAUAUUUUGUUUACCAUGAAAAAGAAAAGACUGUUGAAGAAAACAUAAGCAUCCUUGAAAAAGGCUAUGUUGAUGAAAAAUGUGCAAACAAUAUGCCUGAUUACAAACAGGAUAGCAUUUUAAAUAAGAAUGUAUUAAGCUCAAUAAAUGUAAAUGAGAAAGACACUUAUAAAAAGAAAGUUGUAGAACAGACAAACUUCUGCAAGCAACUCGCCAAAAGGAAGUGGCAGCUCUAUUUGAACUACUGGGAGGAAACCAUGGUUCUUUUUAAGAACAAAGUAUUUGCAGCUCUCUUUGUUGCCAUCUUGCUCUUUGAUAUUGGUGUGUUUCCUCCUUCUCUGCUCAUGGAAGACGUAGCAAGAAGUGCAAACAUUAAUGAAGAUGACUAUCGUAUGCCCCUUAUUUCCAUUAUAGGCAUUAUGACUGCUGUUGGCAAACUUACUUUAGGAACACUGGCAGAUUUCGAGUGGGUUAACACUUUAUAUCUAUACGUAACUACCUUACUAAUGACAGGAGUGGCCUUGUUUGCAAUUCCAUUUGCCAAAAGUUACCUUACAUUAGCGAUGCUUUCUGGGAUUUUGGGUUUUCUGACUGGGAACUGGUCGAUUUUUCCAUAUGUAACAACAAAGACUGUGGGAAUUGAGAAACUGACUCAUGCAUAUGGGAUAUUGAUGUUCUUUGCUGGACUUGGAAAUAGCCUCGGACCACCAAUUGUAGGUUGGUUUUACGACUGGACGCAGGAGUAUGACACUGCAUUCUAUUUCAGUGGCUUUUGUGUCUUACUGGGUGGAUUUCUUCUGCUGUUGGCAGCAUUACCCUGCUGGAAUGCCUGUACCAAUCAGAGUUCAAAGCUGCCUCCAAAUACUUACUCCUACAAAGUUGCAUCUAGUGCUUAGGUGACAACUGGAAAACACUUUGUGCUUUUUUAUAUUAUAUAGCAAAGUAUUUUAGUAAUUUUCCACUUAUUUAUGAAGCCCCAAAAUCCUCUUCCACUAGAAAAAUUCCAUUGUUGCUUGUUGUUCAGUUCCUUUUUCUUCUUUUAUUUCUUUUUUAUUUUGUUUUUAAGAACAGUCUUAUUUUGUCUACUAUGCACUGUGUUUUCAGCCUUUGUCUACUGUAAUUUCCUUUUACCCUGUAAGGGGUAUGUUCUGCUGUAUUAUCAGCUGUACUUUUUUUUUUUUUAAGGGGGGUGAUGUGGAGGGGUGGAAAUUUUGAAGCAAAAAUGAAGACCUGUUCUUUAUAGGAGAAGACUGGCAUUUCUGUCACCUUUUAUAGGUCUCUGAGUUGCACAAUCAGACUUUACAAAACAAAAAUUUGCCUUAUGAGAAUGUAAUACCAUGGCAAGGUGCUUAUAACAUUGUGCUUAGAUUAACUUUUUGUAUUUUUAAAGUUUCUCCAAUUUACAAUGAAGUGCCAACUAGGGGAGGGAGAAGAGGGGGAGCAAAACCAACCUUGUGUUGCAUAACUGAAGUGAACUUUAUGAUGAAAGUAAAGAUUCUUACUACCA